AUGGAGGAUCUUCGGUUGCAGUUCGAUGAACUGAAGACCCAGGUUACGGAGAUGAAUCAAAAACUCGUAGCUGAAUUGGACAACAAAUUGGAUACUAUUUUGGAUUCUAAGCUUGAAUCAAAGUUGGGGGCAUACACUGAUAAGAUCUUGGCUGCUCUCAAUCACCAAAAUCAAUUGUCAAGACCGCCGGAAAAACCACCUGGGGAAAACCCUAAUUGCAGUAUCUUGGGGUCGGGUUCAAAAGAGACGGUUAUGAACUCGGGGGGAAAUGUUGGUCGAGAUCGAGUACCGGAGGUGAUUACAGUAGGCCAUACUCCGACUAUACCAGCUCUGGAUUGCUCAGAGAAGGCAGAAACCAUCUCCUUACCAGGUUCUAAGGCCUAA